UAUACUGUACGGUACGUGUGUGUGCAUAUGUGACAAUAAUGGCCUCUCCAAAAAGACUCGAAGUUGAUACAAAAGUGAUUGAUUUUAUAAAGCUCUUCCCGUCGCUCAAAAUAACAGACGAUGCUUUCAGCAAAGCUAAGAAGGUAACAUGCAGUUUGACUGGUCAUGAAUUGCCAUGCAGACUUGCUGAACUGGAGAAGUACACCAAUGGCAAGAGGUUCAAGACUGCUCAGGACAGAGACAAAGACAAGUUUGAACAGUACAAGCCACACAUUGUUCCUAGUACCAAGAAAGGAAGAGAGAAUCAGUUGUUCUGCACAUUGACUGUGCGUCACAUCAACCGUGUACCAGCUCAUGUGGAACGUCAUGUCAAUGGAAGGAGGUACAAGAAAGCCCUAGAAAAAUAUGAAGAAUGCCAGAGACAAGGUAUCAAAUUCAAGCCUCUUGCACGGAGCAAGAAGAAAGAGAGUGAUUCUGAUUCUGAUAUCAAGAAGUAUAGCCAUCAUGCCGACAGUGAUACCAGUGAUUCUGAAGAUGAGUCAGAUGACAGUAUGAGUGAUUUAUACCCUCGAGAAUAUUUUGAGAGAUUGCAAGAUGGAGGAGAAGAUGAUGGUGACUCUGAUUUUGAUAUCGAGAACAAUGACUGUGGAUUAAGUACUCAAAACGAAUCUAAACCUACACCUAGUGGUCAAGCUAAACGAAAGAAUAAAUCAAAGAAAGGAGGAAGAAGAAAGUUUGCCAAAACUCAAUCAACAAAUUUAUCACAGAAUGGAAUGACUGAAAAGAAGGGGAAAAGGAGAAAAGGGACUGGUAUGACAUGAUUUUAAAAGAAAGUUCAUCUGAUAUCUGUUGCCAUUUACUACAUUUGCACAAUUUUGUUAUGUUGAAAUAAGCAGAACAUUAUACCCAGGAGUAAUUAUGAACAUACUUGUUUUGGAAGCAGAAGGUGGAGAAGAUGAAGAAGAAAGUGUAGUGAGGCAGGCAAAUUGAUUAAAAAGCAAAUAUAUUCUUGGUAUUUAGGAGCAAAGUGGAGCAUAAGUGAGUCCUAUAAAAACCCUUUUUUAAAUAUAUUAAAAUACAUUUAGGUCUAUAUGAAUCUUAAAAGGAAUAUCAAUGCAAUAUGAAAAAUAAUUAUAAUGGCAAUUUUGAAUAUAUUUAGAUUGCAAAACCAAAGUCCUUAAAUUGACCCAUCUGUCAAUGUUGAGUCAUCCAAGACCCCUAUAUGUUUUUCAAAGAUGCAGUGUUGUUAAUUAAAAGAAAGUAUAUGUGAGUGGUGAAAUCAUGACAGGUCUUUAUAUCUGUAACUUACUGGUCAAACAUUCCCCUCAAAGUAGACAAAAAAUUGUGUUUAGACAAAAUCUUGCAAAAUGAAAUGGCUGGUCAUGUGUUGAUAAGGGUAUACUUAUAUAUACUGUGACAAUAUUUCAAGGCUUCUCAAUAGUGCUCAACUCUACCAACCUUCAUUUAUGUGUUUUGUAUCUUGGGGUGGUUAACAAAGUAUGAAUUUAAUUCACACUUGAAUUCCUAGUUGUGUUAGGUAUAUAUCAAUUUGGUCUGAUCAUCUGAUGAUGCUCAAGUGAAACUUGCCACUGCUGAAUUAUUAUUGAAAUUUAACAAUGAAUUCACUUGUGCAGUGGCAGUUGAAUGUGCAUGCAGUUGAUAGGUCUGUGUUUUAAUACUUAAGUGGGCAGUGAUCAAAUCCCCCCUCUACAAAAUCUCAUGAAUUGCAAGACUGCAAGAUCUGGUAAAAUUAAAUCAAUUUAUUUUUUAAGUAUGGUUCAAUGAUAAUCCAACAUUGAAAAGAGUUUCAUUGUGUUUCAUAUGAGUCCAUUUAAUUUAAUCCCUUUAUUAAAGGAAGUUAUUUUCCCCCCAGACGAUGCAUCCAAACAUGAUUUGCUCCAUAUAUUUUCUCUUAUUUUGCAAAACCUUUUAUUUAUUUAUUAUAAAGUGGAAAGGCUGUACUUUGUUACAAUGCCAUUCUUAAUGUGCAGCACCUUUCAACUGAGUCAAGAUCACACAUUUCCCCACCAAUAUACAAGGUGCCGUGGCUGAGUGAUCUAAGGCUCCUCACUAGAUAUUUUAAAGUCCAGGGUUUGAUCCCAGCCAAAGGCAUCUGUGCCAGUGAGCAAGGCAUUUAAUCAACAGUGCUCUUUUAUCCUAAAUUCAAGUAAAUGGAAAAGUGUGUGGACUUGUUGAAAUAUUUUUUUUUAUCCCAAACAGAGUGGAAUCAAAUGUUCUGACUCUUUCGGGUGUGUGUGACCUCACAAGUGGCAGAGCAAACAAUUGGUGUGGAUUAGGUGACCCUAAUAGGGUGUUGCAAGAAAUUUGGGUUUGAUUGCAAGCUUCUUAAUAGCAAUGCAAAUUCAAUUGGCGAUCCAUUACAACUUAAGGUCGGUCCAGAGCAGCUGCAAAUAUGUAGUUUAUUUGAUUUGCAAUCAAUUGCUCCUCAAACUUACUUGCAACACCCCAUGAAUCUAAUGAAUUAUUUCCCCCCUCUGCAACAAUACACCCCAAUUAGAGUAACUGAUAAAGAUGUAGAAAAGCAAUUACCAAAUUAAAGGAGAUGCUUUUAUCUGCAUUCAGCUAAUUAGUUAUCCAUGUAUUGGAUCAAAGAAUCCACUGUUGACGACCUUCCUACUGACUGGUAUGAUUUAAGUCGCACCUUAUUCUGUAUAAAAAAAAAAGAAUAGACCUUUAGAUCUGUAUUGUAUUGUUAGUGCAAUGU